CAAGUCGUGCGUAUCGUGUAGGAAAGAGAAGAAGGUAGGGCGGUCGCGAACGGCGGCUGGCGAAGGGCGGGCGAGGGCUCCAGCCAGUCACUCUUGGACGGCCCGCGAGCUCGCUCGCGCCCGCGCGCCCUUCGCUCGCCCCCGCGACUUGCCGCGAGAUUCAAACUACCGCGGCGAUGUGAUAGCGCCAACAUGAUGCCCUUCAGAAUAAUGUUCCGAAUGAUCCAAAUUGUACUUUUGGUGCUAGUUAUCUUGUACUUUAACUCCGUCAUGAGCGGUCAAGUGAGAGAUAAAGAUAAAGGGGAAAAAGUACCCAUAGGUGUGGUGUUUGACCAAAACACAGAAGAGAUCCAGAACGCGUUCAAAUUCGCGAUAAUGCAGCAUUCCACGCUCAACAAGACUUCGAAGCUAGACUUCCAGCUGUACGUGGACGUUAUCAACACCGCGGAUGCUUUUAAACUCUCCAGGCUCAUCUGCAACCAGUUCGCCCGCGGCGUCAUCGCAUUCCUGGGUGCGGUCACACCGGACUCCUUCGACACUUUGCAUUCGUACACCAACACCUUCCAGAUGCCUUUUGUCACGCCCUGGUUCCCUGAAAAGGUUAUUCCCCCGUCGUCUGGGCUCAUCGACUACGCCGUGAGCAUGCGUCCCGAUUAUCACCGCGCCGUCAUAGAUACCAUCACACAUUACGGCUGGAAACACGUCAUCUACAUCUACGAUUCACAUGACGGGUUGCUACGUCUACAGCAAUUGUACCAAAGCCUGCAGCCGGGAAACGCAACGUUCCGCAUAUCGAACGUUAAGAGGGUGAACAACGCGAGCGACGUGGUAGCGUUCCUCGCGGCGCUCGAACGCCUUGACCGCUGGAGCAACAAAUACGUCGUUCUAGACUCCACCACUCAGCUCGCCAAAGAAGCCCUCGUUCAACACGUGCGAGACGUCCAACUCGGUCGCCGGAACUAUCAUUACUUUUUAAGCGGAUUAGUGAUGGAUGACCGCUGGGAAAAGGAAGUCGCCGAAUUUGGAGCUAUUAAUAUUACUGGAUUUAGAGUCCUGGAUUUUUCUAGAAAAAUGGUUCGAGAUUUCAUCGAUGAAUGGAAACGGAACUCAAUAUCGGCUCAGGCGGCGCUGACGUACGAUGCAGUGCAAGUGUUGGUGGAUGCCAUCUUGCGGCUCCUCCGCAAGAAGCCCGACAUAUUCAGGAGCCCGAUCCGGCGCAACGCCAAUGUAAAUGCAAGCCGUAUCUUGGACUGCAACCCUAAAGGAGACAAGAUAAUGCCUUACGAACAUGGAGACAAAAUAUCAAGAAUGAUCAAAAAGACGGAGAUAGAUGGCUUGACGGGCGUCGUGAGGUUUAAUGAAGAGGGCCACCGCAAGAAUUUCUCUCUGCAAGUCAUGGAGAUGACUGUUGAAGGGGAAAUGAUAAAGAUCGCAACUUGGUACGACAACAAAGGCUUUGUGCCGGUAGUGCCGAAGCUGCCGGGCCCAAGUAUCCCGGGGGUGUACAACAGGAACAAGACCUAUAUAGUGUCGACCAUAGAAGAGCCCCCCUACAUAAUGCGUCGAAACUCGGACUACGCGGAAUUCACGCCUAACGAUCCGUACAAGGGGUUCUGCGUUGACCUCGCCAAAAUGUUAUCGGAUAAGUUGGAAAUCAAGUAUGAAAUAAGAGUUGUUAAAGAUGGCAAAUACGGAAGUGAAAAUCCCAAAAUUAUAGGUGGCUGGGAUGGAAUGAUCGGUGAAAUAUUACGCAAAGAAGUCGACAUGGCCAUAGCUCCUCUCACCGUCACAGUUGAAAGGGAAACAGUAGUUGAUUUCAGUAAACCGUUUUUGUCAUUCGAUAUAAAGCCGAGUCUUAAAAAUAUCGCUGAUGAGCCAGGCGCCAUUUUCAGCUUCCUUGAUCCACUCUCUACUGAAGUUUGGCUCUGUUUGAUGUUCAGCGUGUUGGCCGUGACUGUGGUGUUGUUUAUUGUAUCAAGAUUCUCACCAUACGAGUGGCGAGUAGUAUCCUACACGGAUACUCAAUCUUCCGAGCACACAGAAGUUGCAACUACUAAGACUACGGUCGUCAACGAGUUCAGCUUUUGGAAUUCUAUGUGGUUCUCAGUGGGCUCCUUUAUGCAGCAGGGCAGCGACAUUACGCCGAGAUCGGUGUCUGGCAGAAUUGUAGGUACAGUUUGGUGGUUUUUCACGUUUAUUGUAAUAUCUUCGUACACGGCCAGCCUCGCUUCUUAUCUCACGCUACAACGCAUAGCCGAGCCCUCUCAGACGUACAGCAAAGUGGCAGCUUGCCCCGAGGAUACUUCUGAAGGAAUAAGGAGCAUCGCCAUACCUCGCAGUCGCCAUAGUUGGCUAAGUUAUUUACUCGACCACUCUUCUGCUGGUGACGAUGCUGACAAACCAUGCGAGAUGUUGGUCACUGUGACAAACUCUGGUGUGAAAGACUUUGCUGUAGCUUUACAAAAGGGAUCAGAAUUACGGGAUGGCAUCAAUCUAGCACUGCAAUCUCUAAAAGACGACGGUGAGCUUCAAAAACUCAUACGCAAAUGGUUUACUAAAGCGGAGUGUGACGUCGCCGAACAGAAUGUGCACGUGACUGAACUGACGUUGGGUCAAGUGGCCGGUCUAUUCUACGUGCUGGUGGGCGGCCUGGCGCUGGCGCUGGGCGUGGCGCUGCUGGAGUUCUGCCAGCACGGGCGCGCGGAGGCAGCGCGCGCCAACGUGCCGCUGCGCGCCGCGCUGUCCGCCAAGGCGCGCCUCGCCUCGCGCGCCGACCACAAGCCCUCGCAUGCCCACACGCACGCCUCCAGGCAGAUGCAGCGCGAGCACGAACGACUCGGGUGGAAUGGAGGAGCCUAUGCUGGAUACUACACGCCGGCGAACCAGAUCGGCCAGGAGGAGACGGCGUUGCACGCAAGCUUCACGCAAGUGUGAUCCGCGGCGCGGGAGCCCGGCCCCGCGUGCCGCGCGUCCCACUCCAAGCAGUCCUCCAACGUAGAUCUCUAUCAGCU